CCGUGGCGCUGCCCGGGCGCAGGGACCCGCGGCAGGGCCGCAGCUGGGCCGCGCCGGGGAACCCUUCCUCUCCUCCUCCUCCUCCUCCUCGUCCUGUGCCGGCGGCUCCGGGCGCGGCCAUGAGGCGCGCAGGGCUGGGUGAUGGAGGCAACUAUGGCUACAGCAACAGUGGCUACAGUGUGUAUGAGGAAGAAAACGACAGGUUAACAGAGAGCCUGCGGACCAAAGUCAGUGCCAUCAAAUCACUUUCCAUUGAAAUUGGAACAGAAGUCAAAAACCAAAAUAAAAUGUUAUCAGAAAUGGAGAAUGAUUUUGAGUCCACGGGUGGACUUCUAGGUGCAACCAUGAGCAGACUGAGAACACUCUCCAGAGGAAGCCAGACAAAGCUGCUGUGCUACAUGAUGCUCUUCUCAUUCUUUGUCUUCUUUGUCAUAUACUGGAUUAUUAAACUGAGGUGAUGCAAGGUA